AUAUAAAUAAAUACUGUCACAUUGAAAUGUCACAAUACUAAAUAAUUUUUGAAAGAACUAUAAUCACCAAUCAUAAUGAAAAUAUCACUAUUUUGUAGUGUUUUGAGUGUUUUAGUGUUUUCUGCAAGUGGCAGUAUUUUACUUAGACCACAUCUUGAUGGACGGAUAGUAGGAGGUGAGCCAACAACCAUCGAAGAAUUUCCAUAUCAAAUUUCUUUAGAAAUUUCUGGGAGCCACAGUUGUGGUGGAUCAAUUAUCAGUCCAAAUGUUAUUUUAACAGCUGCACACUGUACCAGGGAUACUAGUCUAAAGGCAAUGAGAAUCCGUGCUGGAACAACAAAUCGAGGAAAAGAUGGAGUUGUUAGAACGGUUAAAGAGAAACAUGUCCAUGAAUUAUUUAAUUUUCAAAACAUAGAUUAUGAUGUAUCCUUGCUUGUGCUUAACGAAUCAUUAGAACUUUCAUCAGCAAUUAAACCAAUUGCAUUACCAGAUGAAUCAGAUUAUCUCAAAGCCAAUGAAUCUGCUGUAACAACUGGAUGGGGUGCAACUAGUUCAGGAGGAUUGUUUUUACCAAAAAUUUUACAGAAAGUUGUAGUACCUAUCGUCGAUCAAGAUAUAUGUAAUGAUGCAUACAAAGAUAUGAAUAGUAUCACUGCACGUAUGAUUUGUGCUGGAUAUUUAGGUGAAGGUGGUAAAGACGCAUGUCAAGGUGAUUCUGGUGGUCCAUUGGCAUCGAAUAAUAAAAUCCAUGGUAUUGUUUCAUGGGGUAAUGGAUGCGCACUCAAAAAAUAUCCUGGUGUAUACACUCGAGUCACAGCUGUCCGUGAAUGGAUUCGAUCAAAAGUUAAUUUAUAG